AUGGACCCGCAAUGCUCAGGUGUCAAUUAUUAUACUGGUCAGAGGACAGAUGUGAAAGUGAAAUGUGCACUAGUCAUUGCGAAAAGAAUCGUCUGUUUUGAGGCUAUAAGUGAUUGGACUUACCAUUUUAUGAAUGUUGCUCCUAAUAAGGUUAACCAUCUUCCUGCUCUUCUAAUAAAUGCAGUGUAUUGUGGUGAGUAG